GACGGGUCUCCUGGUCGUCCGUCUGCAGCUUCAAACUGUCUUUACAAUAAGCAGUAGAGGAACAGAGAGUGUGUGUGUGUGUGUGUGUGGGUGUGUGUGUGUGUGAGUGUGUGUUGAAGGGCAGCAGAGAGCAAACACUCUGAAUAUUAAAGAGCUUUGUGACAUUAAAGCAGCAGGAAUCUGUCAGAUGAAGGUGGUCUUCGUCCUCCGGGUCUCCAAAAUGUCCAACAUGUCCUCAGUGAGAUCUUCAGGCUUUCUGCUGAGCUGCUGUGUCCUGAUUUUCCUCAUCGUCCCGCCCUGCAGAGUUCAAGGAAGUGACUGCAGCUGUAACGUCACCAACAGCCGCUGUGACGAGUCCGGAGUCUGCAGGUGUGACCCUGGUUGGGACGGCGAGCGGUGCGAGCGCUGCGUGCCGACGCCCGGCUGUCUUCAUGGAUCCUGUCAGCAGCCGUGGCAGUGCAGCUGUGAGCCGGGCUGGGGGGGCCGCUUCUGUGACAAAGACCUGUCGGUGUGCUCGGAGCAGCCGCCGUGUCAGAACGGAGCGACCUGUGUGAUGGAGGACAACGCUGAGUACACCUGUCUGUGUGCCCACGGCUUCCACGGCAGAGACUGUCAGCUGAAGACCGGACCCUGUCACCUGAGGAGGUCUCCAUGUAAAAAUGGCGGCCUCUGUGAGGACGCUGAUGGCUUUGCGGUGGACCUGGCGUGUCGCUGCCUGGCCGGCUUCACGGGUCGGCGCUGUGAGACCGAUGUGGACGACUGCCGUCGACGACCGUGUGCCAACGGCGCCACCUGCCUGGACGGCGUCAACCGCUUCUCGUGCCUCUGCCCCGCCGGCUUCACCGGCCGUUUCUGCACCGUCAACCUGGAUGACUGUGCCAGCUGGCCGUGCCUCAACGCCGGCCGCUGCCUGGACCGCGCCGCAGGCUUCCACUGCGUCUGCCGGCCCGGUUACACUGGGGCCACCUGCGAGACGGAGCCGAGGGGCCGCGAGCCCGGCUGGACGAUGCUGGGGUGGGAGGGGGGAGGAGGAGGGGUCGUACCUCGCCUGACCACCGGGGGUCAGAACGAGAGGACCGUCACCUUGAACGGCAGUCGACAUGGCGACAGGACGUUCAAAGUGACGGUGAGCGAGCGCCGUGCCGCCAGCCUGUCGGAGGUCCAGCUCGUCAUCCUGCUGGUGCUGGCGGGCCUGACGCUGGGCGCGGUGGCACUGACCGCCGCCCUUGUGCUGCACGGUCACUGCAGGGCCCGAGGCCACGCCCCUUUCUGGCCGCUGACAUCGUCAUCAUCAUCAUCACAGCAGAGCGGCCGGCGAGCGCCGCAGGACGAGUCGGAGUGUCACAUCAGCUUCCUGAACGUAGUCGAACCAGAGAAGAAGAAGCUGAACACGGAGGUCAUGUAGACAGAGUGGGCGUCCGAGCAAAGAGCCAACAGGGAGAGAGAGAGAGAGAGAGAGAGAGAUAGAGAGAGAGAGACUGCUGGUCACAGGACCCUCAGUGUACACCUGGUGUUAAUAUGCAAAUGAGCUUUGACAUCAUAAACAUGUUUGUAGUCAUCAUGUGACUCCUGGAACUAAAAGAAUUAGAGAAACGUUCUUCUUCCUGGUUAAAACCCGUCGCCUACAUUACCCACAAUGCACCUCUCGCUCCGACAGGCUGCCACGUGUUUCGUCCCGAUGCAGAGAUGAGCAGCGGUUACAGAGGUCUCACUCCUUCACAACUUCACAUUUACUUCUCUCACUUUUUAGUCUGCAAGACGCUGACUCAAGUGAUCAUUGAUAAAAGACCUUCAUCUUUAAAGUGACAGUAAAAAACAUCGGGACUCACAUCAGAUAAACACAUGAUGAAAUGUACAGAACAUUCUUGAUGUUAAAUGAAUUAACUUUAACUGUAUUUUAAACAUUUUAAAUUAUAUUUUUGAAUGUAACUGUACAGCUGAGCGUGUAGAAAUACUGCGGUACAUAUAACCCUCGACAAAAUGUUUUUACUCUUCAGCUUUUAUUCAGAUGAAACAAACCGGAGACGACAUUUUGAUCAGUGAGCUGCUCGUUAGCUUAGCAUCUUUACAUCUCAGAGGUAAAUAUUGUACUUUUUACUGCUCUUCAUUUAUUUUAUAGUUUUACUUUAGUUACC